AUGAAAUUCUCAUCAUUAAUACCAAUCGCUUUAACUGCAGCCACUAUCGCUGCGCAAGGAAGUACAGUCAUUGUUGGUUUUACCACAACUAUAACCAAUCCAGAAGAACAGACUCCUGGUGGAGAACAACCUACUCCAGCACAAACCCCGCAAUCGCCAACAGGUGUUAUUGUGACCCCAACCAAUGGCGGUGGUGCAGGUGGUGAAGGAGGGGCAGAAACAACUACUGUGACUGAUACAAAUACUGGCACUAACACUGGAACUGGUACUGAAGGUCAAGAUACUGUGACAGUUACCACUGAUGUCACGACUGGAACAGAAGGUGCUGGCGGAGCUGGUGGUCAAGCAAAUACCACUACUGAGCAAGCUCAUGCCACACAUAAUGAGACCUCGACCCAGACUAACCAAACUGGGACAGGAGCUACAACUGCCUCUCCAACUGAAUCUCCCGCAACUGCCACCAAUGGAGCUGUUGGUUUGGCUGCUGGUGCAUCCUUAGGUUACCUUGUUGCUCUUUUAUUUGUUUAG